AUGGAUAUAGUUGCUCUUUCAGACAUAUUUCUGGACAAAUUCUCAUCAUCUUCGGUUCGUGACAUCGCACUGAAAUGGAAUUUGGAUGAUGAGCUGAAAAAGCUUCAAGAAUCCGUCGUGGACAUAAGGAGCAAAUGCUUCGGAGAAAACAACGACAAAGCAGCAAAGAUGCUGAGAGACCUUUUGUACGAUGCAGAAGAUAUCUUUGAUGAGUGCGGAUUCUACACCUUGAAAUCCCAGCAACAGCAAAAUCAUCAUAGAAAACUUCUCCAGGUCAGGCAUAUCUUCUAUAAGAUACGUUCUUUCGCGUUUCGAGUUAAAAUGGUAUAUGAAAUGCAAAGGUUAGUAAAUAGAUUGCACAAAAUUGAAAUGUAUGGCAAGCCCAGAAAUGCUGGCGCCCUUGGAUAUGGUGGGUUCCGUCUUGGCUCUUUACCUCCUUCUCCUCCUCUUUCUUUUGAUUCAUUGGGGAGUUCAAGAAAAUCGAAGAAAACUUCCUGUGCAAAUGAAUUAUCGGCCGCACCAAGUUUCGACCGAGGUGAAUUAUUGGGUGCAGAAAGUGGAGAUGCAAUAUCGGCCACAACAGCAGUGUUGAAUGAUUUUGCUGAAAUUGAUUUAUGUAUAGACUAUGACUUAUUGGAGGAAGAAUAUGUAGAUAUAGCCUAUGACCAGGCAAAUGAUUUCAUUGGUGUUCAAGUUUCAUCGGUGGAAUCAUUGCGUUCAAGAGAAUCGAAGAGAACUUCCAGUGCAGGCGAAUCAUCAGUUGCAACAGUAGGAGCAGCAGGAGUGUUAUGUGAUGAUUUGGGAUUCGCGGAUGAAUGUGUACAGGGAGAAAGUUCUGAUGCAGCUUACUUGUUAGAAAGAGUAAAAUUGCGUACAUUGCUGAAUAGGGGUGUUAGACAGAAUGACAAAGACAGGAUUGUGGAAGCUCUGAUGGAACGGAGCAAUGAAGGGAUUCUUUCCGUUUUGCCAAUUGUUGGAGUAGGUGGGAUGGGAAAAAGUACUCUUGUGAAAUUGGUGUAUAACGAUGAGAGGGUAGUAAAGCAUUUUCAGCUGAGGAUUUGGGUGAACGUUUCACCUUGUUUUAGCGUGAGGAAAGUGGUUGAGAGAAUUAUUCAAUCUGCUCCAGCAAACAAAAGAAUGCCAUUUAGGAAUUACGAGAUGGAUGAAUUGCGGAUUGUGGUUGGGGACAUUCUGUGCAAAAAGGUUUAUUUGCUUGUUCUGGAUGGUGUGUGGAACGAGUAUGAGGGGAAGUGGAAUCAGUUGAAGGAUUUUCUGGUGGCUGGUGCUAAGGGAAGUAAGAUUGUUGUGACGACUCGUGAUGAAUCAGUUGCACUUGCAUCAGCAAUUGGGACAAUGCCCAUUUAUUGUGUAGAAAGGUUGGCAAAUGAUGAUUGUUUGUCAUUGUUCUUGAAAAGGGCUUUUGAAGAAGGACAAGAGGAAAAGUAUCCAAAUCUUGUGAGGAUUGGGGCUGAUAUAGUGCAGAAGUGUGAAGGAGUUCCCUUGGGUGUGAUUCUUUUAGGGAGUUCAUUGCGUGGGAGAACUAGAGAAAUUGAGUGGACGGACAUCAGAGAUCAUUCUGUAUGGGACUCGCAAGAGAAUGGCAAAAUGUUCCCAGUAUUGAAAUUGAGCUAUGAAAAGUUGCCAUCCUAUCUAAAAGCUUGUCUUGCCUAUUGCUUAAUAUUUCCAAAGGGUUGUGAGAUUGAGAUAGAUAAACUGAUUCAGCUAUGGAUAUCUCAAGGGCUUAUUCACACGUCUACUCAUUUUGAAGAGCCUGAAGAGAUAGGUUUGGAGUAUUUUAAUCAGUUGUCCUUCAAAUCUUUCUUUCAGGAUAUCGAGGAAAAUGGCCUGUUUUUCGGGUCAAUAUGCAAAAUGAAUGACACUGUGCAUGAUUUUCUGCUGUCACUGGCAGGGUCUGAGUGUUCAACUGUUUAUGCCCAUACACAGAACAUUUCAGAAGAUGUGAAACAUGUAGCAUUCUCUGAUUAUGAUGAGUCGGGGAAGCAGUUACCAACUUCCCUACUCCAAAAUCAUGGUCUGAGGACCAUCUUUUUUCCGGUUGAUGAACUGGGGCCAACUAGUACAUCUUUUGUUGAUAACUGUGUUUCAAGAUUUAUGCAUCUGCGAACACUAGAUUUAAGUCACUCAUCUUUUGAGAUGUUGCCUAGUUCCAUUGGCGAGUUGAAGCGUUUGAAGUAUUUUGAUCUUAGUUCAAAUUGCAGUAUUCAAACUGUACCAAAUUCCAUUGGCAAGUUACAUUGCUUGCUCAUAUUACGAGCAGCUCUUUGUACACAACUAACGGAGUUACCCAAAGAUGCAGAAGACUUGAUCAGCCUGAGGCAUUUAUAUCUAACCACCAAACAAGAAUCUUUUCCAGAUAGAAGUGUUGGAUGCUUGUCCUCUCUUCGUUCAUUAUCCCUAUAUAGCUGUAAGAAUCUGGUUUCCUUAUCUGAUGAACUAAAACAUCUUAGGAACCUUCGAACACUGACUAUAGUCGAUUGCCCAAAAUUGACCUUCCUUCCAAGUAGCAUGAAGUACCUCACUGCUCUGGAAAACCUUUACAUUAUUGAUUGUGAUGAGCUCACUUUGUUUGAAUGGCAAGAUAUAGAAGGGAUUAAGAUGGUGCGAUCACUUGUUAUUGGAGGACUACCAGAAUUGAGUUCGAAAGAUGUUCAAUGCUUUGAGAACCUCAAGUCAUUUGUUAUUGAUGGACUAGCAAAUUUGGUUGUCUUGCCUCGGUGGCUUGAGGGUAGUGCUCUUACCUUGAGAAACCUGAGGAUUGCCAGAUGUCCCAACUUUCUGGAGUUACCUGAGUGGCUGAAGAAUCUUACAGCACUGGAAAGCAUUCAAAUUGCGGAAUGUCCCAGGCUAAGGUCCCUGCCUGCAGGAAUGCAUCGCCUCACUGAAUUAAAGGAACUGAAGAUUGACAAUUGCCCGCAGUUGAGUGUAGUGUGUGGAGAAGAGGACAGAGCCAAGAUAGCUCAUAUAAAAGAAACUUACCUCGAUGGCAUACUGCAGGUUCAAAAGAUUCAGAAUAAGUGAGUAUCCGUGUAUUCAUCUCAUCUCAAAUACUAGUGACACCCCUUUUGGUCCAUUUCCAAAUUUGAGUGUGGUUUGAUCUUUUCAGUAGCUGUUAGUCCCUUGAAUCUUUCUUUAUUUACUGUUAAAAUAAAAUUUGUCUUUAGUCCUCCUGAAUAAUCUGUUUAAGUUUCCCUCA